AAAUUGUAAGAGUCGAAGAAAUUAACCAGAGUUCCACAGAGUGGGGUAAAAUUGGAUGUAAGUAGAAUUGAUUGUGUAUUAGAGAACCGAGAAAGGCAGAUCGAGAGUACUUGGUGCCUUUCGCCGAGUAUGGUGGACUUGACAGCACAUAGUUUCCUCCUUAAGUGCGACCCAACAUUAUUCUGAUUUCUUCAGUAAUUUAUUAUUAUUAUUAUUAUUAUUUUGCCCAGCUAAUGUCAUGUUCGCAACAUUAUUAGUACGAAAAUAGUAACCUUGAAACUGUAAUUUCGAUGAACAAAUCACAAGCACAAUUUAGGGAGAGGUCAGUAAAAAGUAUUCUGAGAGAAUCAAAUUAUAAGAGUCAAAGAAAUUAGCCAGAGUGGGCUUGACAGCACAUAGUUUCCUCCUUAAUUGUGACCCAACAUUAUUCUGAACUCUUCAGUAACGUAUAUUGUUUGCUCAUCUAAUGUGAUGUUCGCAACAUCAUUAGUAUGAAAAUAGUCGCCGUUGAAACUGUAAUUUCGAUGAACAUUUAAAAUUUACAUUGUACUUCCAUUCCAAAGUACUGUGAAGCAUUAAAGAGGAGUGAAAGCAAAUGCAAUGAAGUUUUCUUGGUUUUUCCGGUGAUACAUGGUUUUUUGCCGUAGAUACAUGGUUUUUUGCCGUAGAUACAUGGUAACCAGAAAUUAGUGUUGUAUGGUGAACAGCUUGUCCUUGAUUUAUUCCGUUUUAUAAUUGUUUUUCUGAUUGUCGUGUUUUGUUCACCUUAAAAAUCUAACACCAUCGACCGUGUAUUUGCCUUCCACAAUUUCGAAAAUACUAUAAGAAGUGGUUAGGAUUUUGAGACAAAUUUAUGUUAAAUUGAACUGAAACAUUGCUACCAGUGAUAAGGUUUAUUUUAUCUGCGGUGAAGAAAUGCAAUUGACGUGAAGAUUAGCUUUAGUUGUUUUAUAAAGGACAUUUAACUCUUUAAAAACAUGUUCUUCUGUCAUCUUCAGUUCUGAAUAAUACAGAGUAUGAGGUUGAAUUUAAAGUGUGUAACAAAAUGCUGAUAGGACCUCUCACAUUUUCCGACAUCUACAUAAUUCUCCACAAUGUCGCUCUCUCUGUUCUGAUGAGUGUUUUAACUUCUUAGAUCACGAAUCCACAACUUUUCAACUUAAAAUCAAAGAAGGUAUCCAGACUCAAUGGGAGAGACCUACACUUAAUCAUCAACUUUAUCGUGUUAAUUUAAAACUUUCCUUGUAAAUGCAUAGGUUAUUCUGUUACUAUUGUAUGUUUUGUCCAAUCAGCGUUUUGUUACACACUUUAAAUUCAACUUUGUACUUUGUAUUAUUCAGAACCUUCAACUCUGUAAAUCACUGCAGUUAUACGUGAAAGAACGUAGAGAAUGGCACGUUCUAAAGGCCGCACACAAAGCUAUAUACUCUCAUGAUUGGCCCAGAAACCCUCAGCUUGAGCAAGUAAAACAUGCUAGAAAUUUACGGUCAUCAAGUACCAUAAAUCUAGUCAUUCCCGAUGCCUUGGACACUUUUCAGUAUAACGCGGCAGCCCUCUUCAAUUCUCUACCAUCCAAUGUUAAAUGCUGUGAUAAUUUAAAAUCCUUCAGUAAGCAAACAUUAUGUAUUUUAAGGGAGCGCUGCCGGAAUAAGGCGGAAUAAUUUCUUGCCUAGUUUUAAAUAAUGUAUAUAUUGUAUAAUUACAUUUUACUGUUUAUUACCUAGCUUUUUGCAAAUUCAUAAUUCAGAUUUAUGUAUUUUAUUUAUUAUUUAUUAUCUUAUAUCAGGCGAAGAGCUAUACCAUGGAUGUACCGAUCAUAAACCGUUAUUAUUAUUAUUACUAUUGUUAUUAUUGUUAUUAUUAUUAUUAUUAUUCAUUGCUCGCUGCCAGUUAGAAGGCUAAGCUAUGAAUUUUUUCAACUUAUUAAAGAACAGCUUGGCUAGGAACUUGGAUGGGAAAUGAAUUGCUUUUGUCAAACUCGUCUUCCAAGGAUGGCUUUGCCAGACAAUCCUCAACCUUACAAAGUGGUGCGAAAGGCGAUUGACGUGUUAGCAGCUGAUUGGCGAUAACAAGCUCAUGUAAAAAAAAAAUUAUCGUAAUUUUGCACGUGUGCUGUUAAGGCUUUUCUCAGGGCUGAAAUCAUUACAAAGCACCGCACUUCAAAUAAUAAAAGCUUUCAUCAGACGAGUGCAUAUGACAUUUUGCAUUUUGUUCCUCAAUAUAGAAUGGAUGAGAAGCAGUUUAAAGCAAGCUUAACGAAGUAUUUCGGAGAAAAAACAGCAAAAAUAACCAAAGAAACAACCGAAGAUGAAAUCAAACGUAUCUAUGCUGCACGGUCAGCAACAUAUGACGAGGUACUCUAAAAUAGUAACAUAAUAAUAAUAAUGUUCUGGGGGACCAUGUGGUACAUCGCCGUUUGACCCACCAGACACCUUAUCCAUCAUUCAGGGUUGCGUUUCUCGAAUGUUCCAGUACUACUGGAACAUUCGAGCCUGCUGCAACAUUCCUAGAUCUUAAUUAAGGGAAUAAUGGUGCAGUGUUAGUAUAGGUAAUCAUGUAAUUUCGAGUGCAAUUUGGAAUAAAUGAGCACGAGUAAAUGUUUUCAAAACAAAAUUUCACGCGCCCUUAGGGCGAGUGCAAUUUGUGGUCUUUUUAAAGAUUUACAUGCGCUUAUUUAUCCAAAUUACUAAAUACUGCUCUAUUAUUCCCUUAAUUAAGACCUAGGAACUAGAGAUAGUUUACCAAAAUUAUGCAGAAGUAAAGCGCGCACAUUAAGUGAAAAAAUAAUUUAUUCAAACCCUGCAAGUGACAUUGUGUGUUUGGUCAAAACAGCCAUGAACGAUCAAAACAAUAACAUACAAUGAUAUUUUCAGAUCUUUAAGGCGCAAAAAAGUUCAAAGUCCGGCUAAACAGUUCGGGGAAUUGUUCAGUCUGGUUUGUUACUUCUUUGCACUGAAUUAACCCUCUUCUGCAUUGAAUUACCUGAAAACUUCAUGUAUCUUAACCAAUCAGAACUGAGUAAUUUUUUCAUGUAUCUUAUUAGCUCAAAGCUAGUUUAUUGUACCUUGUUACCCAAUAUUUUCAUAGUUUAAGUUCAAAAUUUUUAGGUCAAAAUCUCGAUUUUGAUUGAAAACAGAUCAGCUUUUCGGGUUCGUAAAGUUACAAGAGCUCUCCAGGAAAAGGGGCCCAAGGCGAUAUUAGACUAGUGUUGUAGUUGUCGAACACCUAAUCUUAAUAACCAGCUUGAACUUUCUCAUCAUAUAGGAACAUUCAGAGGCGCGCUCUUCAUAUUUUAAGCCACUGGCCGAAUCUUUGCAUAACGCCCUUAAAGAAGUUAAACAGGACAAACCAAAGGAUCAGAUCAAAAUCAUUGACGUUGGAGCUGGGACAGGGCUUAUAGGAUUUGAGCUCAAGAAACUCGGAUACACCAACCUAUGUGCUUUGGACAUCUCAGCUGAGAUGUUAAAAGAAGCAAAGAAGAAAGAGGUCUAUACUGAGUUCAUCUGCACGUCUUUGAACGGGCAGCCGAUACCUCAGAUUGAAUCUGGGCAAUUCGAUGCUUUGAUUUGUGGUGGGGCGCUCAUUCCAGGGCUUAUCGGCUCAUCUGCUUUCGUGGAGAUGAUAAGAAUGAUUCAAACUGGUGGGUCUUUCGCAGGAGUUUACCGAGGCACAGGCACGGAUGUCUUCGGGGAGUGUGUUCCGUGGCUAAUUGUUGGACUUGACGCUAAAGAAUCAUUUAGUCGCAGUUUCAAAGCAUCUGUGGUUGAAGAAAUUUGCCCACAAUGUUUUUAAUCUUUCAAACGCUGUAAAAAAAAGAAACAACUACAACAAAAACGGACACUACCCUUUAAACAUCAUACUUUGAUAAACCUUUGAGGAAAUAAUAAUAUUUUAAGAAAAAAUGAAAAAAAAAAAGAUCAUUUGAGAUUGAAGACAUAUCAGGAUUUUACAAGACGUGAAAAAUCCUAUCAAAAGUUUUUUGAAAACUCAAACCGUGAGAUAGAUCUGGUAGUGAAGACUCACGUAACACCCUUUUUGAUAAAUUCCCUAAACAUCCGGAAUCUGACCCGUAAAUCUUCUUCUGGGGUCAAAUCUUCUCUUUGCAAAUUCGUUUAAAGAAUUUCUUGAUGUAUCAAGAGCACGCCCCCAAGCUGGUCUCUUCAACUUCUCUUUGGAUGAUAUUACAGUUUGUAGGUUAACCCUUUAACUCCCAUGAGUGACCAAGAUAGAAUUUCUCCUUACAGUAUCAAUAUGAUUUCAAGCAGAAAAGUAAUUGGAAAACAAAGAAUAUGUCAAUUAGGGUAUUAUUGGUUAGUCCAAUACCAAAUUCUCCUAACUAACAUCAUAGGAAUUAUAUGACAGACAUAAAAGAGAUCCAAGGAGUGAAAGGGUUAACCAACUCUGUGAGUUAAAUCUGAUAAAUACAUGGACAAAUAUAGGAAAAAGGAUGGAAAUUUCCCAUGAUAAAACCUUACCAGAAACACACUAAAUUCCUAUGUGAAUUUCUUUGUAGAUGGCGUCCUCUGUUUCAACAUAAAGAAAGAGGAAUUAAAACACUAUCAAGAAAUGAUGACAGAGCUGGAGAAAGCUGGCGAUUGGAUAUGCAUGUCCAAAGAGUCUUCACCUUUCUAUGCAGCCGAGGACAUGCCCAGUGAUUGCUGGGGGUUCGUUUACAAAGUUUCGAAGAACUAAGAAACACGUAUCAUGGCAGUUACGCCUAACUUAUCUAGGCCAUACAGG